AUGCGACAACGUCUAUCACAAGUUCUUGCUGUGGCUGGUGCAGCGUACGGUGCAGCUGUCGGUCCCCAGUGGGAAUUCGUCCAAAAUGGAACGAGUGGUAUUUUGGCGUUGGAAGCUAUCGUCGUUUCCCCUACAUUAGCCAUUUUUUUUGACCGAGCAUCCAACGACCCUCUCCAAGUUAAUGGUCACCCAGCAUGGGGUGCUCUUUGGAACUUCCGCACCAAUACUGCGAGCCCUCUGGAUUUGGUCAGUGACAGCUUCUGUGCGUCGGGCGGGUUCCUCAGCAAUGGUACAAUGGCGAGUAUUCUAUUGUUUACCUUUGUCAGCGUUGGGGGAAAUAUCCCAGCCAUUACGGCUGCGCAGGAUGGCCGUAUGGGUCUUCGACUCUUUGAACCAUGCGACGAUCCAAACGGCGAAGGAUGCACUCUCUUUGAAGAUCCCGAGAAUUUACAUUUGGUUGAAAAUCGUUGGUAUACCUCUGCACUCCGACUUCACGAUGGGUCAUUGAUUGUUGUGGGAGGUAUGCAUGAGGACACGCCGUUCUAUAAUACCGAUCCUGCAAAUACUAUUGAAUUUUUCCCGCCUAAGGAUAACGGCGCUGCUCGACCAUCGCCUUUCCUCGAACGAACGGUCCCUGGAAAUCUGUUCCCAAGGCUCUUCUCCUUACCCGAUGGCAGAGUGCUCAUGAUAGCCAAUAACCAAACUAUCAUUUAUGACGUGGAGACCGAUACGGAGGAAAUCCUUCCAGAAAUUCCCAACGGCGUGCGCGUCACCAACCCGUUCGACGGGACAGCAGCAUUGCUACCUCUAUCGCCCCCCGACUUCACCCCCGAGGUUCUGGUUUGCGGAGGAAGCGCCACAGAUGAUCGCAUCCCCAGUGAAAAUUUGUCUUCACAAACGCCAGCCUCCGACCAAUGCAGUCGUCUCGUUGUAACUCCAGAGGGCAUCAAGAAAGGGUGGCAAGUUGAACAUCUGCUGGAGCCCAGGAUGAUGCCCGAGAUGAUACUCAUGCCAAACGGUCAAGUCCUUAUCGUCAAUGGUGCCAUGAGCGGAUACGCCGCUAUAGCUGCUGUGGCUGAUCCCGUCAAUGGCUCCAAUGCUGACCAUCCAGCACUAACUCCCUCUCUAUACAAUCCUAACGCGCCACUUGGCAAGCGUAUCAGUAAUGCUGGUCUACCUACCACCAACAUUCCAAGAAUGUAUCACUCGGUCGCUUCCUUGACACCGUCAGGAAACGUCCUCCUUGCAGGAUCCAAUCCUAACGCUGAGGUUGUGAAUGACACUGUGAAGUUCCCUACAGAAUUCCGUGUACAGUACUUGAAUCCUCCGUUCAUGUCGGUGGCUCGGCCUACGUUGAGCAAUGUGCCCACCAAAAUCGGGUUUAACGAGAAAUUUACAGUCGAUAUCUCAAUUCCCAAAAACCUCAAAGCCACAAAUAUUCAAGGCUUUUCUUCACACGCAUUCCAUGUCGGGCAAAAGCUUGUAUUCAUGGACGCAACUCUUUCCAAAAACAAGAAGUCGUUGACUAUUACCAGCCCUCCCAACAAUAGGAUAUUCUCUCCUGGCCCAGGAUUUAUUUUUGUCACCAUCGACGAUGUUACUAGCGAAGGCUCACGUCUCAUGGUGGGCAAUGGACUACCACCACCGGUCCAAGACCAGGGUAUCAGAAUUUAA